AUGAUUGUACACAAUCAAAUCGUCGCUAUAGACGCUUCAGAUGGAGAACAACCGCCAGACCUCCUAUUGUCACUUCCUCCAGAGCUUCGAAUCAUGAUAUACGACUAUCUUGUAUCCGUUGACAUGCCUCUGAAGUUGUCGUGGACGCCGUCCAGUCGUAGGCGGAGCAAUGAAAUACGCGCCAAGGGGUUGUUCGGUUUGAUUCGGACCUGUCGCUGGCAAUACAUGGAAAGCCACCUCGUAUUGGGAGGCACGGAACGGAAGCUACGUCUCUCAAUUGAUGGUGCCCUCGAAGGAGAUGGUGCAGACUUGCUGCCAUUGAUGCACCCAGAAAAAUGGCAACCCAACCACGAAAUAGCGUUUGUCACUGCAUCUGAGAGUCAGGACUGUAAAGAGAUUGUCGGCCACCUGACCCUGGUACACCUGGGCCGAAGCUCACCUUUUCUCCUUCAAGUUUGCGGCAGUGUGCGGAUUUCUUGGCGGAGAUGGCCAGUUCCUUUUAUCGUAUUUGUCCCAGUAUGGUACGUCCAUGGUGGACAUGAUGUUAUGGAACAUAUGGACGGAUGUUUUCUGGACUAUUUUGGCGUCUCGCGACUUCGAAAUCACCUAGAGCUCCGCGUAGCGUCUGGAUUGAGAUAA